AUGGUUAGCUUCAUACCUGGAAAUCUCAGUUUGAAGGGGUCAGACAACCCCAAGGACAAGAAUUACAAGCCGCCUGUUUCUGCCCCAACUGACCAGUCUGAAGAGCCGGUUGCGGUGGAGCCCUCCACUAAGCCUGCCUCCACAGUUGAUGACAUGCCUCCCGGACCUUCCACUACUGCUGGUCCUUCUACAUCAGCUGGCCCGGGGAUUCCAUCUUCCUGGGAGUCUGUGAAGGAGAUUAGAGCGUAUGUGGACAGACUGAAGGCAGACCAGCUGCCUUUAGAUUUGCUACUUGAGGAUCCAGCUCCAGCAGCAGUACCAGCAGCAGAGCCAUUGCAGGAGCAGACACAGAGGCUUCCUAAGAAGAAAAGGAAGCUCCCCAGUGCAGAUGAGGUGAUCAUCCAGUUGGCGGACCCACCGGAGGCUUCCUCUAGUCAGCCACAAGAUGUUCCUGAGAUUCAGCCCGUCCAGGUCCAGGCCCCAGUCCCAGCAGCUGAGCAGCAGGAGACCGGAAAUCAGUCUGAGAUUCCCGCGCAUACAAAGGACCCGGGGACCACUGAUGAUCCCAUGUAA